ACUCUUGCAACAAUGGCAGAGUAAUCUCUUUCAUCUGCCAGUUCACAAACUUCGUUAUCAACAAGGAUAAGAGGUGCCAACGAAACGCUGCGUUUAGAUAAAGAACGAAAAUAAACAUUAUUUAGAAGAAUACUACAAGAAACGACACCGUUCCUUAGAAUCAAGAUUUUAUAAAAAAAACAAAAAGAUAAAGUGCUUUCUUGGGGUUUUGGGUCGUGAUUUGUGAAUCGACCGAGGAAAAGCCGAUCUUCAACGAUGGGAUUGGGCUUCAUAGUCGGCGUUUUUGGAGUUUUAAUCCUGUCCCACGCAGCUUAUUCCACGAUUCAGUAUAGGGGAUUGUUGAAGAUUAUGGAGGAGGAGUUUUCAGGUCCACCCAUGAAUGUGGUUUUAGAGUUGCUUCUAGGGUUUGUUUUCUGUAUUUGGGCUGCCCUAACCGUGCCCGGGAAUUUUCACUCGAUACAUCCUGAUUCUGAGGAGAAUAGGAUUGUUUCUUUGUCAGCAAACUUGGACUUCAUGAUCUUCAAUCACAGAGCCAAAGCAUUUCCGUUAGAAAUUGAGAUGAAGCUGAAGCAUUAAGAUCAAUAAGCUUCACAUAUUUUGAUUAAGGAAGUGCCAUCGUUGGCGAGUCUGUUGAUCUUAAGAGCUAGAGGGCAUGGUUGGAGGUGUACUGUCUCGCAUUGUACUUUUUUAUUUUUCCAAAGUGGUAGCGAUUUUAACCAAUCAUCAGUUACUAUUCUUCUUGAUUUGGCAUUCUUGUUUGCUUUUAUGUUAUAUUGUCUGGCAUACCGAACCUCAGUGUCAGUUUGAAUCAUAGACACGGUUUCCAGCAGGUCAGCAAUUCGAAUCAUUAUUCGACUUUUCA